AUCUUGUCUUCUUUAACACAAAUACGUCACUAAAAAGUUUUAUAGAUAUCGGGGAAAUGCAAGAAAUGUAAUUAUAAAAGGCCCUUCUCAGCCCCCCAGACGAACGAUAUUUCGCAGUCGAAAACGGUCGACAAUAAUGACGUCACACAAUCAACCGCUCUUCAUCUCUCUCUCCAUACUGCAUUGAUUCCCCUAGUUUGCUGCCUUUUGCUGGAUCUGUAUUUAUUGUCCAAAUUUACCAUUUUUCGUGUAAUGUGACGUCGGAUUCCUGUUUUUGAACACUAAUUGUGUUACUGCACACUUUUUAAUUGAAUUGUCAACUUGUAAAGUGUGAUUUUGACCUCUGGAUUUGGAAGUCUUCGUUGUGUUGCUUCACAAGUUCACUACAGUACAGAUUCCAGUGGUGUAUGUUGAAAAAACCCAAGCUGUAGCGGGCUAUGCGCUGCUGGCUGCCGGGGUACUGCGGGGGAGCCGAUGCUGCACGCUACGCUGUUUGAUUACAAGGUGUGCUUUGGAGAUGGAAUCAUCAGAAAAUGGCAACCACGGCAAACCUAAAGAAGGCAAAAAGAAGAGGAAAACUGGUAGCCGGUGCAUCGUAUAUGGAUGCGGGAAUACCAUAUAUCAGGGUUUCGCUAUGCACCAAAUGCCAGGAAAGAUGCCACUAGGGCAAGAACGAUUUGAUAGCAUUCAGAAACAGUGGAUUGCUUUCAUUGGGAGAAAAAGAAAAUUUGACUAUAAAGAUGCAAAACAAUAUGCAAAAAUAUUUGUAUGUAGUGGCCACUUCCUGCUUGAAGACUACGAGCCAACACAAGUAGAAAUGUAUAGGAGAAGACUAAGGACACGACCACCAUCGUUAAAGGCUGGUUCUUCUCCUUCUUUGGAUAUUGCUGUACAGCCAUUCCCAUCCGACUGGUUCUUGCCUUCACCAUCUUCACUUCUGUCUUUGGGAUCAAUACCACCUUCAGGCACAUCAACAGCGGAUAGUCCAUGCUCUGAGGUCGCCAGUGCCAGCUGUUCAGUACCACCUACACCUGCCAUUAAUGCACCACCUUCAAGUGAUUUCCAAAGUGCGUCUCUCUUGGCCCUUGGUCCUGAUAAGCCAAAGCGAAGCCGCAAGGAAUCCAUAUACAUCAGAAAAAGAGAAGCUGAUGCACUGUUCAUUGAAUAUGCCAGACAAGCAGAGGAAGAACAAGCCCAAGACAUUCUUGAUCGCUCAAAAGGAGAACAGUGUGGCGUCAGAACUGCUGAUCGCAAAGUUGGAAUUCGUGUACAGAAACGUUCCUGCAAAGUUCAUGUAAAGCCGAAGACCAUGUCAAAAGGAACUCAAGUAAACAUGACACAGAAGACACAUAGUCAGCAUCCAGUAGGCCUUCAGAUUUCAGAUGCUGGUACUCAAACUGAGACAACUAAUACACAGGACAAGGAUGAGGAUAUGCUGGAUGAAGAACCUGAUGAGGAUCCAGACUUUGAGAUAGGUUCAGAUUCGGAUGAGAUGAAAGAUCCAACCUACAAGCCAGGCACAUCCAAAAGAAAUAGAAGCUCAUCAGAUGAGGAAACAUACAAAGUGACCAAAUCAGAUGAUGUACUGAAAGAAGAAAAGUACAUAGUAUUUGAAUCCAACCUGUUUGCCUUGUUCAACAGUUGCUUCAGUUGUCUUUCUAGUGAUGUGCAGGUUGAGAAGAUAUGCCCUAGAUCUUUUGGCUCACAGAUUAAGAUCAGGCAAACAUGUCUGAAGUGCUGUAGGAUUAAGGAGUGGCACAGUCAACCAAGAGUUGGGAAUGUUUCUGCUGGAAAUUUGCUGUUGUCUGUAGCCAUUUUGUACGGUGGAGCCAGUCCAACCAAAGUAUUGCGAGUAUUCCAGCAUAUGAAUUUGAAGGCAGUCACAAACAACACCUUCCUGGAAUAUCAAUCUACGUACUUACAGCCAGCCAUCAUUAGGGUGUAUGAACGAGAGCAAAGGUCUCUCCUCAGAGAGUCAAGAGGGGAAAAACUGAUCUUGGGAGGAGACGGCCGUGCUGACUCACCAGGCCAUUCUGCCAAAUAUGGCAGCUAUGCCCUUAUGGACAUGAAAACAAAGAAGAUCGUUGAUGUGGAGCUUGUGCAGAGCAAUGAGGUGACAAGUUCAAACGCCAUGGAGAAAGAAGGUUUGGCAAGGGGAUUGGCGAAGCUUUAUGGAAUGGGAGUGGAGGUAGGAACCCUCAUCACAGAUCGACAUGCCUCGGUGGCUAAGUGGUUACGGGAGACAUACCCAGAGAUUGAUCACCGUUAUGAUGUUUGGCAUAUCGCAAAAGGAGUGAGGAAGAAAAUCACAGCUGUAUCAAAGCUGAAGAAUUGCGAGGUAGCUCACAUGUGGAAGCAGUCGAUGAUCACCCACAUAUACUGGUCUGCUGCAUCUACUCCGGAUGGGGAUGGGAAUAUGAUGGUAUCGAAAUACAAGUCUGUCUUCAACCACAUGAGAGAUGUGCAUGUUCAUGAAGGCGUGUAUCCUAAGUGCGGCCAUGAUGAUGAAUACCCUCCACGUGAAUGGAUGAGAGAAGGUAAGUGAAGCUUCAGUAUGGGGUGGGAGAAGGGGUUGAAACUUAUACAUCUCACAAAGUUACCAGUAU